AUACAAGUUUGGUUGUCUCACCAAAGCCAGCCUGAUGAGCUAGACCAAAACAGGAGGGCUUCCCCCUGGUGCGACCGAGACACCAGCUCCCAAAUCGUCAAAAAAGGGGGCUGCCACGCCCACCCCCGCCACUGCGGCCAAGAAGGAGAGGCCGGAUGGGGCGGCGCCGCGCCUUCGCCUUCGUCGCCGUCGGCCUCGGCGCGGCCGUGCGCGCGGCCUGCCCGGCCCACUGCAACUUCCGGGGCUACUGCUCGGCGCCCGACGCCACCCUCUCCACCUCGUUCUGCAUCUGCCAGCCGGGCGUGACGGGCGCCGCCUGCGAGCAGAUCCACUGCCCGCGCGGCGACGACCCGCUGACGCAGAACCAGGUGUCGCGCGCGAUCGCGCUGACCGUCACGGCGCCGACGGGCGGCGAGGUCGACGGCCGGCUGCGCUUCGGGUUCCUCGGCGAGAGCGUGCUGCUGCCGGCGGUGCUCGACGCCGCGACGUGCGGCCGCGCGAUCAGCUCGCUCCCGACGGUCCAGAAGGCGUCCUGCUCCCAGACGACCGACGGGUGGCUCGUCACCUUCGACGAGUGGGCGCCGGCGCCGGUCGACGCGCACGCGCCGCACGGCGGCAACCCCGCCCUCGGGACGUUCGAGUGCGAGUCCACGCUCCCGGGCGACGCCUGGGACGUGCCACAGUGCACCUUGAAGGACGCGGUCGCGUCCAACGUCCGGGAGCACGCGCCGUGCUCGAACCACGGCGACUGCGACCUGGCGACGGGAAAGUGCCGGUGCCGCGCGGGCUGGCGGCGGGACGCCUGCGACGACAACAAGGACGCGGACACGCUUCAAUUGUAUCGGAGUGAAGGCCCGUUCUACUCGGGCACGAUUUUGGGCCUGGAGGCGAAGCGCGCGGCGUCGCCGGACUUCCACUACCUGCGCGUGGGCGCCGGCGGGCGGGGCGGCGACGUGCUCGCCGUGCGCGGCGACGGGCACAUCCGCGCGGCCGGGGCCGCGGCGUUCGACGGCGGCGUGGCCGUCGCCGGCGCGCUCGACGCGCGCGGCCCGGCGACGUUCUCGGGCGGCGCCGCGUUCGCGAGCGCAAAGGGCGACCUCCUGGUCGCGGGCCCGGCGGACGCGCCCGCGCUGCGCGUCGCCAAAGACCAGCCGGUCGCGGUCGGCCGGGCCGGCCUCGCGAGCGAGGGGCCGGGGUCGUUCGGCUCGCUCACGGUCGCCGGCGCGGUCGCCGCGGCCGGCGUGACGCUCGAGGGCGGCGUCGCGACGGCCGACGCGCUCGUCGCGACGGCCGGCGCGACGGCGCGCGGCGCCGGCGCCGCGCCGGCGCUCCGGCUCGAGCGGCGCGACGGCGACGGCCCCAUCGUCGCGGCGUUCCGCGGGACGAACGAGGUCUUCGCGGUCCGCGGCGACGGCGCCCUCGACGUGCUCGCGGGCGGCGUGCGCGUCACGGCGGGCGGGCUCCGCGUCCACGGCGGCGGCGUGGACGUGGGCGCCGGCGGGCUCCGCGUCGACGGCGGCCUCGAGGUCCGGAGCGGCGCCUUGACGCUCAGGGGCGGGCUCGCGCUCGAGGACGGCGGCGUCGAGGCGGCCUCGAGGGCCGCCGGCGGCGCGCCCCUCCGGGCCUCGGCGACGCACGCGCAGUUCGGCGGCAGCGUGCUGACGCUCGAGGCGCCGGCGCUGGCUCCGCCGACGCCGUUCGCGCGCGGCGCGGCGCGCCUCGUCGAUGGCGUCGUCAAGGGCCAGUCGGUCUUCAGCGUCGACGCGUCCGGCGCGCUCGUCGCCCGGGGCGGCGUCCGGUCGGCCGGCGGCGCGGUCUUCGGCGGCGACCUGGCGGUCGGCGGCGCGGUGAGGCUCCAGCGGACGGAGGCGAAGGCCGGGGCGCGCGUGGCCGUCCCGGCCGGCGCGUCGUACGUCGAGAUCCUGGAGGACGGGCGGCGGGGCAGCGGCAACGCGAUGUCGGUCGAGGGCGACGGCGGGCCGGACGCGCGGCAGCUCGUCGUGCGGAACUCGGACGGCGACGCGGCGACGCUCGACGGCCACGUCGUCCCCGCGGGGAGCACGCGCGUCUUCUACCAGGGCGGCGAUCGCCGCUGGGCGGCGAUCGGCGGCGACGCGGCCGGCGCGGUCGCAGCGGCCGGCGCGGCGGUGACGCGGUCGUCGGUGACGGAGUUCGUCGGCGUUUCGCGGCUCGACGCGGCGGCCGACUUGGACGUCGGGCCGCACGCCGUCCGCGCGGGCCGGCUGUCGAGCCGGACCGGCGACUCCCAACAAAGCGGCGUCGUCUUCUACGGCCCCAAGGGGUUCCUCGACGCCGACGCGGACUUUAUCUCCGUCGACCGGGUCAAGGGCGGUCCCAAAGAGUCGCCGUCGCUGCGGCUGCGCGUCGGGCGGCUCCCGGUGCGGGCGUCAACUUUCGCGGCGGCGCCUUCGCAUGGGCGUACGCCUCGACGUUCGCUGCGCGCCCUCGUCGCGACAUGUCGACUGCCGUGCGUCCGCCCGCGAGUCAGCAUGCGGCUCACUGGCUCAUUUGCACGCAGGCGGCUCAUGGUCACGACCUCGGUCGACGCGCCCCUGCACAUGGGCGGCCACGCGAUCAAGGACGCGCGCAUCGAGGGCGGCUCCGCGACGGGCCUGGCCCAGGUCGCCGCGCAGGUGCUGCGGCUGGACCACGCCCCCGGGACCAAGAGCAAUCCCCCGGAGGGCUUCGAGCGCCCGGUCCUGGUCGGGCCGGGCGGCGCGCUCGGCGCGACGCCCGAGCUGUACUACCGCGACCGCACGCUGCACGUCGAACGUCUCGGCGCCGCGACCAUCGUGGGGGACCUCGACUUCGCGAACAACGCGCGCCUGAAGAACGCGAGGAUCGAGGGCGGCUCGGUCGAGGGGCUCGAGAAGCUCGCCGUCGAGGAGCUGACGUACGUCGACGCGCCCGCGCGCGGCGCCGCGGCCGUCUUCGGGGAAGACGGGGCCCUGGUUGCCGCGGAGGCCUGGUGCGCGGCCGGCGCCGACCACGCCGUCGCCAUCCCGCGGCUCGCCGUCGGCGCGCUCGCGGGCGACGUCGACGCGCGCGGCCACGUCAUCCGCGACGGGCAGUUCGAGGGCGGCGGCGCCGCGGGCCUGGAGUUCGUCGCCGCCGACGUCGUGCUGGUCGGGUCCCUCGACGCGAGUCGGCGCGCGCUCGUCGUCGCGGGCGACGGCGGCGCGCUCGAGGCCGAGGACGGCCUUUACGUGGACGCGGACGCGGCCGUGCACGCGCCCCGGAACGUCAACGUGGGCGGCGCGCUGGACGUGAAGAGCGACGCCUUCGUCGGAGGGUCGGUCGUGGUCGGGGGGACGGUCAUGGGCUCCGGCGCGUACAUCGACUCGUCCGACGCGCGCUUCAAGCGCGACCUGGCGGUAUUGGAUGGCGCCGCGUGCCUCGGCGCGCUCCGCAACGGGAGCCUCGGCGCGUACGCGUUCUCCUACAAAAGGGACGAGUUCCCGGCGCGGAACUUCCCCGCGCGCCGCGACGUCGGCUUCGUGGCCCAGCGCGUCGAGGAGGCGUUCCCGUCGCUCGUCUACGACGACGCCGACGGCUUCAAGCACGUCGCGUACGGCCGCGCCGCGCCCGUCCUCGCGGCGGCGCUCGCGGCGCUCGCGGCGAAGCACGACGGCCUCGAACGGCGCGUCGCGCGGCUCGAGGCGCUUCUCGUGGAAAAGUAAGUAGACAUAUAGAUA